GGUGGGGGGACUCCAACUCCCGGCAUGCCUCGCGGGUAGGUGCGUCACUUGUGUUCUGUUGGAAGUCUAGAGGGGAGUGGAGUCUGGGAGGCGUGUCCCGCUUUCAGAGCCAUCGCCAGCAGCUAGGAGGAAAACGCCGCUGGAGAGCCGAUAGGUGGGGCCGACUGACAGUCGGUCGCGGUUACGCCUGGCUGGGGAUAGGGUCUGGGUGGCGAGGUGAACUCCUGUGUUUCUGCGCAUCUUUUCCGUAAAUGUCUCAUAUGGAGCUGGCGUUGGACCCGGGUGACCAUGACCUGCUAGGCUUUCUGCUAGAAGAAAGCGGUGGUUUGGGUGCGGCGUCCGACAAGGCCUUGACGUCUCCGCCGGAUUGGGAGCUGCCACUUUCUGAGUCUCUGAGCGACUGGGACGUGGAGGAUUUCCUGAGCUGCCUGCCGAGUCCCCCAGCAGCGUUGAACGUUUUCAGCAGCUCUGACCCCUGUCUUGUCCAGCAUGACCACACCUAUUCUCUGUCACAAGAGCAUGUCUCCAUAGAUCUAGAUAAUGAGAGCUAUGAAAAAGAGGGGGCUCAGAUGACUCCACUGCGUGUGGAGGAGCCGGCAGAUCAGGAGAUUGCUACGCUGAUACUGACUGAGGAGGAGAAAAGGCUGUUGGAGAAGGAGGGGCUUACUUUGCCUGGGAUGCUUCCGCUCACUAAGAUGGAGGAACAAGUUCUGAAACGGGUGCGGAGGAAGAUUCGAAACAAAAAGUCUGCUCAAGAGAGCCGCAGGAAGAAGAAGGUGUAUGUUGGGGGUUUAGAAAGCAGGGUCCUGAAAUACACAGCCCAGAAUCUGGAGCUACAGAACAAAGUACAGGUCCUGGAGGAACAGAAUCUGUCCCUUUUGGAUCAGCUGAGGAGACUCCAGGCCAUGGUGAUUCAGACAGCAAACAAAGCCAGCAGCAGCAGCACCUGUGUCUUGGUUCUACUGUUCUCCUUCUGUCUCCUCCUGGUACCUGCUAUGUACUCCUCGGACACAAGGGGGAGCCUGCCGGCUGAGCACAGAGUGUUGUCCCGUCAGCUUCGUGCCCUCCCCAGCGAGGACCCCCUGCAGCUGGAGCCACCUGCCCUGCAGUCAGAGGUACCAAAGGACAGCUUGGACCCUGAGCUCCAGGCUGCUAGCAACUCUUGCUGCCUCUUCCAUCUCAUGCCCCAGGCUCCUAGAGCAGAGCCUCCCCUGCAAUUGCCACUGCCUGAUGGUUUCUCAGAGUGCUCCUGCCCAGAUUCCAUAUCUCCCCUGCAUGCAAAUCUCACAAGAGAGGAAGGAUGGCUCCCUACUCCCAGCCCCACAUCUGUUAUCUUGCAGGGCAGAUACUCAGGCUAGAUGUGAGGAUGUGGGGACCCUCUUGUCAGAGUCUGGUGCCCCCCAGUCUGUGUUCAGAGGAAAGGGAAUAGGAGAGGGCUAGCCUCAGGUCCUGCGCCCUGUCAGGAAGCCUGAGGACUCAAACACACCACACUCAACUGGUUUUCUGGGUCUUUUAUUUGAACCUGUGUAUGUCUGUCACCCCAUGAAAGGGCCUAGGAGAAUCAGAUGACCUCCCUGAACACAUCAUGCAGUGAGGGGAUGGGGUGAAGAAAGAAAUAAAUAAGUGAUUCUGA